GUCGACCAGGCCCUGCUCGUGCCCAACGCCUCCACCUUCUACAGCCUCAUGCUGAGGGGGCACUGGCACAGGCUGUACAACACUGUCGACGCCCUUCGUCUGAAGGUAUUCGGUCAGCUGCGUGGGCCCUGUCCAGCGCCUUCCUGCGACAACAAGUGGAAGCACAGAUUCCGCGGCGUGGUCCUCGACAGCCGGCCCGACGCGAUCGUCACGGUCUACCACAUGGACUUGUUGCCGAUUCUGGAGGUGGCCAAG